AUGAAGAUACAAGUGUUGUCCCUCUUUCUCUCCAUGGCGGCCGGCCACAGUCUUGGGUCAUUGCAAAAUGUCAUUGGGAACCCGUCCCUGUCCAUCAAUGGCGUCAACUUUAGCACUCGUGCUUAUUGGAUGAGACAGGCCAAUGCCGCCCUUGGCCAACUGGUUUCCCUAUGCCCUUUUGGAGCAUUUGGGACUGCCAUUGUGAAUCACACAUCGGGAGGACUAGGAGAGCUCGUUUGUAUCGGUGCGAACAGCAUUUCAACCACCGGCAACCCUUCGAUGCACGGAGAGAUCGCGGCGAUCAAGAACUGCUCCGAGAUCUUGACUGAUCCGGCCGGUCGGUAUAAUCUGACCGCGUCGGAAGCUCAGACAGCCUUCUCGUCGUUAUCUCUGUACACCAAUGCGGAGAGUUGUCCCAUGUGUGCCUCGGCGAUUCGGUGGGCGGGUUUCAAGGAGUACAUAUAUGGCACGUCUAUCGAGACAUUGAUCGCCCAAGGCUGGGGUCAGAUCCGGAUCUCGAGCGUCGACGUGUUCUCGCAAAGCUUUGACUUGACAUAUCCGACUAGGCUCAUCGGAGAGGUCCUAACGAACGAGACGGACCCAUACUUUCUCUGGCAAUACAACCCAAGCUAUCCUUGUCCGGCGGGAUGCCACCGUGGCACGGCGGGAUCUUGCACGACAGACUGA